GGGGCCGACUUCGCCGCGACCCCGCUGGCCAGUGGCGCCGCCGCGGCGGGCCCGGCCCUGCCGGAGGUGCCCGCCUUCCCCCUCGCGGCGCCCCGCUCCUUCGGGUUGCCGCCGUGCGGUUCCCCGGUGUCGCUCGCGGAGGCGGCAGGGCGGCCCGACGAGUUCAGCUUCACGCUCCGCAAGGCGGACGGCACCGGCCUCGGCCUCAGCGUGGCGCAGGAGGGCCCAGCGCUGCUCAUCGAGGCGGUGCGCAGCGACGGCGCCGUGGAGGCGUGGAACAAGUCGUGCGCGGGGCGGCCGGAGCGCAUCGUGGUGCCAGGGGACCGGAUCGUCGGCGUGAACGGCGUCACGGAGGACUCGGCGCGGAUGCUCGAGGAGUGCGAGUCGCAGCAGCUCCUGCGCCUCACCGUGCGCCGCGAGGGCGCCCAGGCCGCCGCGGGCGGCCACGAGGCACCGCCCGCCACGCUGCGCGCGGAGGCCUCCGAGUUCGUCCCCAGCCGGUCUUCUCGCCACCGGCCACACCGGGCGCGUAGCCCAACGGAGGUCGAAGAAGAAGACGCUGCACAACGACCAGAUGCAGCAUGGCCCAAGGUGGAGAGGAGGGAGACCACCUGA